AUGAGUGAGUCUUCUACAAGUGUCAUUAUUGCAAACCUCCCAAUGAACACAACAGAGGAACAACUCAAAGAAACAUUCUUCCGGGCUGGUGAGAUCAAAAGUAUUACAUUGGAAAUGAAACCCAAUGGUGAAUUCAAAGGAUGUGCCGUCAUUGAAUUCGCAUAUCAUGAUGCCGCUUCAAAUGCUGUAAGGUUCAACGAAACUCAGUUCAGAGAUCAAACAAUUACGGUUGAAUUUUUGAACGAUAUUCAUAAAAAAGAUCGUGAUUGUCCAAAUCAUCAGAAGCUUGGACAUUAUCAUCAUAAUCAUAGAUCAUCAUAUGAUUCAUCUUCAGAUAAUUAUAGAGAUGAUUUCGAUUAUGGAAAGAAAUUUAAGAAAGGAAAGCGUCAUCACUGUUCCCAUCAAUAUAUUGGUAAAUAUCAUUGGCAUCAUUGCAAAAAGAUUAAUUCAACCUCAUCUGAUGAAGAAGAGUUGAACGAGAAAAAUUCGUUGGAAUCAGAUAAUUCUUCUGAGUUGCAUGUAAAAGAAUCAUACAGUGAUUCAGAAUCAUAUAAUUUGUCAAGUUCUGACUCUGAUGAAAAGAGAUUCAAGAGAUAUGAAAAGAAACGUGGAGUGAGAGAUUGGAAACGUGUAAAACAACUCUUGAAAGAAGUGAAAAAGGAAAUUAAAAGUUGCAUAAAAGGAAAAAUGAAAUAA